GAGGCCCUCUGAGCGCCCGAUACGCGAGGCCGCUCCUAGGGGGCGCCAGCCCGGGGAGAGGCAGCGGGCCUGGCCGGGGUCGCGUCCUAGAGCCCGGGCCCGAGCAGGGAGGCCAUGAGCUGGCUCAGCACCGCGCUCUGGCUGCCCCUGCUGCUGGGGGCGCCGGCCCAGCCAGGGCUCCAGGAGGCGCAAUUAAAGGAAAAGAUGCCAGCCCCGGACCCAGACGCUGAGGCAGUUGACACGAUCUGUGGGCGGCCGGACUCUUCGGGGCGGAUCACCGGGGGCCAGAAAGGCUCCAUAACCAGAUGGCCUUGGCAGGCCAGCCUCCAGUACAAGAACUCCCACCAGUGCGGGGGCAGCCUCAUCCACUCCCGCUGGGUGCUGACCGCGGCUCAUUGCGUCUACAAGAAAAGAAAUAUCAGAUAUUGGAAGAUUGUUCUAGGUUCAACUACUCUCCUACCACCGCUAUUCAUCUUCAGGCGUCCCAAACGAUAUUCUGUGAGAAAAAUCAUCAUUCAUCCCAGCUUUUAUGGCACACCACCCAAGGACAUCGCCUUGGCAAAGCUGAGAUCACCGGUUUAUUUCAAGAGCAACAUCCAGCCCAUCUGCAUGCCACCCUCCAGGACCUUCUUUGAGAAUGUGACCAUGUGCUGGGUGACAGGCUGGGGAGAAAUAAAGGAAAAUAUCACACUGAAGAAACCGUGGCCCUUACAGGAGUUGCAAGUGCCCCUCAUUGACCAAAAGACCUGUAGCAACUACUACAAAAUGGCACUACCUAAAAUUGAAAAAAAUCAGAUAUUUGAUGACAUGAUGUGUGCUGGGUAUUCAGAAGGCUUGAAGGACACCUGCCAGGGUGACUCCGGGGGACCUUUGGUAUGUAAAGUCAGCGGGACCUGGUACCAGGCAGGGAUUGUGAGCUGGGGAAUAGGUUGUGGCCGCAUCAACCUUCCUGGUGUCUAUACCAAUGUCAGCAUCUACACCGACUGGAUCCAAAAAGCAAUUCAAUCCAAAAGCUCCACUCAGUUUCCAACUGAUGUCCUCCCUCUCCUCUUCUUCCUCCUCCUCCUGCUGCACUAAUCCAGGCUCCCUGAGACCACUCCUCAUGAGUCCUGCUUAAGAUCAGGCAAGUUUCUCUGGAACACCACUUAAGAGCUGGAGUGGGGAUCCUAGGAUGUUCUCCAGGGCUGGGCACUUAAGCAAAGACCUUGCUUGCUCCACUGAAAAGAUCUUUAAGGGAUAUUUGAAGAUUUUCAGCCCCAUGGCAAAGGAGACAGAGUUCUAAGUGUGGGAAGGGAGUGGGGAUGUAGUAAGAGAGACUAUUCAUUCCUCUGUAGUUCCAUGUGCUCGCCAAUCUGUCUAAUAAAGAUUGACUGUUUC